AUGGACUUUCGUUCAUAUUUGUGGGUGAAACGUGUAAUUCAGGUCGACGACGCACAACUUGCAGCUGACCUGGACAAGGGCGCAGUGGAUGGUUUCGUGCUGCGAGAGGGCGAUGAGCCAGCUGCAAUGGUUCUGUUUUACUUUGCCUAUUCCACGUGGGAAGGACAGUAUAUUCAUAUGGAGGAUCUGUAUGUGCGACCGCCUUUUCGUCGAAAGGGCUACGGAAAAUUGCUGUGGCAAAGGCUUGGACAGUUGGCUAAGGAAAUGAGAGUUAGAAGACUGCAAUGGAACGUACUCGACUGGAAUUCGAGUGCAAUUGCCUUCUACAAGAACCUGCCGUGUGAAGAUCUGACAAGAAAGGAAGGUUGGCUGCUCUAUCGACUGGACGCCAGUGGCAUCAACGAAUUGGCUGAAUUAAAACUAAAUUAA